AUGUCUCGUUAUGAUAUUUCAACUUUGAAGGUCCCUGCUUCACCCUCUGGAUAUGAAAGGGAGAAUGAUAGGAAUGAGAGGAGGCAUCACAGAGAUGAGUCAAGAAGUGGUAGCAGAAGACUGAAACAUGUAGACAAUUUUGAAAGUAAGGAGCCUUACUUUGAGAGGGAUUCACGUAGUAGGUAUGGCCAUGAAUACAACAGAAAGAGGGAGCAUUAUUCUGAGAGGGAUUCACGUAGUAGAUAUGACCAUGAAUACAACAGAAAGAGGGAGCAUUAUUCUGAGAGGGAUUCACGUAGUAGAUAUGACCAUGAACGCGGUAGAAGUAAGGAGCCUUAUUCAGAAAGGGAUUCCCAUAGUAGGUAUGACCAUGAAUAUGGUAGAAAGCGAAGCAGAUAUGAGGGUUCAAGGAGAACACCUGGCAGGCCUGACUGGGAUGAUGGGCAAUGGGAAUGGGAAGAUACUCCUCGAAGGGACAGUGUCUCUAGUUCUAGACGUCAUCAACCUUCACCAUCCCCUAUGUUUCUUGGUGCCUCACCUGAUGCACGAUUGGUUUCUCCAUGGUUAGGAGGCAAUACUCCUUAUUCUUCUUCUCCAUGGAACCAUGUGUCUCCAUCUCCUAUUCCAAUACGUACUUCUGGAUCUUCAGUCAAAUCUUCUACUUCUAGAUAUAGUGGAAGGUCCCAUCAACUUACUUUUUCUUCGGGAGCGUCAAGUUCGUAUGAGGAUGAAGUGACUGAUAAGUCCGAGUUUGGUGAAGAACACAAGUAUGAGAUUACUGAAAGCAUGCACGCAGAGAUGGAAUAUGAUGCUGACCGGGCAUGGUAUGAUAGAGAGGAAGGUAGCACAAUGUUCGAUGGAGGAGAUAACUCAUCCCUUUUUCUUGGAGAUGAGGCUACCUUUCAAAAAAAAGAGGCUGAGCUUGCCAAAAGACUGACUAGAAGAGAUGGGACCAAGAUGUCCCUUGCUCAGAGCAAGAAAUUGUCUCAGCUCACAGCUGAUAAUGCUCAAUGGGAGGACAGGCAACUGCUGAGAUCAGGAGCCGUUAGAGGUACAGAGGUUCAGACUGAGUUUGAUGAUGAGGAAGAACGCAAAGUUAUUCUUCUGGUGCAUGAUACAAAACCUCCAUUCCUUGAUGGCAGAGUUGUUUUUACUAAGCAGGCAGAGCCAAUUAUGCCAAUAAAAGAUCCAACAUCUGACAUGGCUAUAAUUUCUCGUAAAGGAUCUACUCUGGUCAGAGAAAUACGUGAGAAACAGAGUUCAAAUAAGUCUCGCCAACGUUUUUGGGAGCUUGCAGGCUCAAAACUUGGCGAUAUCUUAGGUGUUGAAAAGACAGCAGAACAGAUUGAUGCAGACACUGCUACAGUGGGUGAACAGGGUGAAAUAGAUUUUAAGGAAGAAGCUAAGUUUUCACAGCAUUUGAAAAAGGAAGAGGCUGUGAGUGAUUUUGCCAAGUCAAAGAGUAUUGCAGAGCAAAGGCAAUAUCUGCCCAUUUUUUCAGUGCGAGAUGACCUAUUACAGGUAAUUCGAGAAAAUCAGAUUGUGGUAGUGGUUGGAGAAACAGGCUCAGGAAAGACAACCCAAUUGACACAGUAUCUGCAUGAGGAUGGCUACACUAUAAAUGGUAUAGUAGGUUGCACCCAACCCAGGCGUGUGGCAGCUAUGAGUGUGGCCAAGAGAGUCAGUGAGGAGAUGGAGACAGAGCUGGGUGAGAAGGUUGGCUAUGCUAUACGGUUUGAGGAUGUGACUGGGCCAAAUACCAUUAUAAAGUACAUGACAGAUGGGGUUCUUCUACGAGAAACACUCAAAGACUCUGAUCUAGACAAGUAUCGGGUUAUUGUCAUGGAUGAAGCCCAUGAAAGAUCAUUAAACACGGAUGUUCUUUUUGGAAUAUUGAAGAAAGUUGUAGCUCGGCGUCGUGAUUUUAAGUUGAUUGUCACGUCAGCAACGCUGAAUGCACAGAAAUUUUCACAUUUCUUCGGAAGUGUGCCAAUUUAUCAUAUUCCUGGGAGAACAUUUCCUGUGACUACAUUAUGGAGUAAAACUCCAGUUGAAGAUUAUGUUGAAGGUGCAGUGCAGCAGGCCAUGAGGAUUCACAUUACUAGUCCUCCAGGUGACAUUCUUAUCUUCAUGACUGGCCAAGAUGAGAUUGAGGCAGCUUGCUACGCCCUUGCAGAAAGAAUGGAGCAGAUGGUCUCUUCUUCAAAGAAAGCAUUCCCUAAACUCGUGAUUCUACCCAUAUACUCUCAGCUUCCUGCUGAUUUGCAGGCUAAGAUAUUCCAGAGAGCUGAAGAUGGAGCCCGAAAAUGCAUCGUUGCCACUAACAUCGCUGAGACAUCAUUGACUGUGGAUGGUAUCUUCUAUGUCAUAGACACAGGUUAUGGUAAAAUGAAGGUGUAUAACCCAAGGAUGGGAAUGGACGCUCUCCAAGUCUUCCCCGUCAGCCGUGCUGCUGCUGAUCAGCGUGCUGGUCGAGCUGGUAGAACUGGGCCUGGUACAUGUUGUCGACUGUACACAGAGAGUGCUUACCUAAAUGAAAUGUUGCCCAGCCCUGUCCCUGAGAUUCAAAGGACUAACCUCGGCAAUGUGGUCUUGUUGCUGAAAUCUCUUAAAGUUGAUAAUUUACUUGAUUUUGAUUUCAUGGACCCACCUCCGCAAGAUAAUAUUCUCAAUUCUAUGUACCAGUUGUGGUUAUUGGGUGCCCUUAACAAUGUGGGUGCCUUAACAGAUCUUGGCUGGAAAAUGGUUGAGUUUCCACUGGACCCUCCACUUGCCAAGAUGCUUUUGAUGGGUGAACAGCUAGGGUGCCUUGAGGAGGUUCUGACGAUUGUUUCCAUGCUUUCAGUACCGUCAGUUUUCUUUAGACCCAAGGACCGAGCAAAGGAGAGUGAUGCUGCACGCGAAAGAUUUUUUGUGCCAGAAUCUGAUCACUUAACCCUGUACAAUGUCUAUCAGCAAUGGAAACAGCAUGAUUACAGAGGUGACUGGUGUAAUGAUCAUUUUUUGCAUGUUAAAGGUCUAAGAAAGGCCAGAGAGGUGAGAUCCCAGCUGCUUGAUAUUGUCAAGACACUGAAGAUCUCUCUAACCACCUGUUGGCCUGAUACAGACAUAGUCAGAAAAGCAAUUUGCUCAGCAUACUUCCACAAUGCAGCAAGAUUAAAGGGUGUUGGAGAGUAUGUCAACUGCCGGACUGGGAUGCCGUGUCAUCUACACCCCAGUAGCGCACUCUAUGGCAUGGGUGCAACUCCGGAGUAUGUGGUUUAUCACGAGUUAAUCCUAACCACGAAGGAGUAUAUGCAAUGUGCUACAGCCGUGGAGCCCCAGUGGUUGGCUGAGCUUGGACCCAUGUUUUUCUCUGUUAAGGAGUCUGAUACAUCAUUGCUGGAGCAUAAGAAGAAACAGAAACAAGAGAAGACGGCCAUGGAGGAGGAGAUGGAGAAUUUGAAGAAGAUGCAAGCAGAGGUCAAGAGAAAACAGAAGCAGGAGGAGAAAGAAAAGUUGGCUAAGCAGCAACAAGUCUGCAUGCCAGGUUUGAAAAAGGGGUCUUCCACAUAUUUGAGACCAAAGAAACUUGGUUUGUAAAUAAAGUUGUACUCUCAAGAU